UUCAGUGGUUCUAAAUGUUUGUGUACCGUUCGGAGUAGCGUUCAAACUGACCAGAAAUUUAAACUUACAGCGUUAACUUGUUUUAAGGUUCAAAAGUGGUGAUAAGCUAUAUUUUGCAGACGCUGAUAAAAAAACAUAGGCCUACAAGUUUUACGGACCGCUGCAGAGGCAAUAUCACCCUCAUCCUCGUUCAAUAGGAAAUUCAGCAUCCAGAAUGUUAGGUCAAGUUUUAGGGAUUUUGCUUGCGACGGUGGUAAUCAUUUACGUGGCGGCUUCAUGGGUGCGCGACAAGAGCACGAAAAAAGCCGAAACCUGUCCUCAGCAGGAGGUGGUGCAAGGCGAGAGGAGGACAGAGAGGCCGGCGAGCAGGGAUGAAUCCCUGCCCAAACCAAUCAGUGUUAAUUACCACUUCACGAGGCGCUGUAACUACAGGUGUGGCUUUUGUUUUCACACCGCAAAGACGUCCUUCGUUUUGCCCAUAGAGGAGGCGAAGCGGGGUCUAAAACUUUUGAAGGAUGCAGGGAUGGAGAAAAUUAAUUUCUCUGGCGGCGAGCCAUUUCUAGAGAAAGGCGGGCGCUAUGUUGGGGAACUGACUCGUUAUUGUAAGCAAGAUCUCGGCUUGCCCAGUGUUAGUAUCGUCAGCAAUGGGAGCCUGGUAAAGGAGAAAUGGUUCGAAGAUUAUGGGGAAUACCUGGAUAUCUUGGCAAUAUCAUGUGACAGCUUCGACUUUGAAACAAAUGAUCUGAUUGGUAGAAAGCAAGGACAAAAAGACCACGUGGCAUCCCUGUUAAAGGUGCAUGACUGGUGUAAUCAAUAUAAGGUUGCCUUUAAAAUCAACACUGUGGUGAAUACUUACAACAAGCACGAAGACAUGACAGAGCAGAUUCAGCAACUUCAGCCUGUCAGGUGGAAGAUUUUCCAGUGUCUUCUGAUGGAGGGUGAAAAUGCAGGCCCUGACGCACUGAGGAACGCGGAAGGUUUUCUUGUAACCGACCAAGAAUUUGAGGAUUUUUUAACAAGGCACAAGGAGGUCGCCUGUCUGGUUCCAGAGUCCAACAAAACGAUGCAAAACUCAUACCUAAUCCUGGACGAAUACAUGCGCUUCCUGGACUGCCGUGGAGGCGGGAAGACGCCAUCUCGCUCCCUGCUGGACGUGGGGGUGGACAGUGCGCUGGCCAAGAGUGGAUUUGAUGAGAAAAUGUUCUACAAGAGGGGUGGGAAAUAUGUUUGGAGCAAGGCGGAUAUGAAACUGGACUGGUAGCUAAAAGCCUGGACCGAAAAGACAUUAUGCAGGUCACGAACCAGUCAAGACUACAUGUAUAUAAAAUUGUCAUGCUGAAAUACGUAUAUGGCCUACCAGACGAAAAAUAUGUGCUUUGUGUUUAAGAAAAGAAAAAAAAAGCAGUUUGUUCAGUAAAAUAUUUUCAGAUGAAAUAAAUGGUUUUAAAAAUAACCGUGGCAUGGGGUAAGGUAAAUCCGUUAUAGUCCGCGAGAGAAGAGUUACCAUAGUUCUGAACACUUAGCACUUGUUAUAAACCAGGCGCACAAUUUCAUCGUUAUGCUACAGAUUUAUCUUGGGCCAAAGCAGACUUUAUUUUUCUUCUAAAAGUUAUAACGUUUGAAGACAAAAACUAAGUGUAGAGUUCAUUUAAGGAAUUUUCCCUCAGUUCAAUAUUGUACAUAGACCUCGUGUGCGACGUGCACUCACUUUAUGAUUUCUCUGUAACCCCAAAUUUUUAAAUAUCCCC